AUGGGAUAGAUGGAGUACCAUUAUCUACUCCAUUUUCCAACCGCUAUAUUUGAUUCUUGGAAUAUUCUUAUGCAACAAUAUGGCUGCCAAUGGGAUAUUCCAAAACAUUUCUAUGUUUUCCUCAUCACCACCUACCUUAGCAACGAAUGCUCAUAAAGUUCCAACAUUCAAAAUCUCACCCAAUUCUCAAAAACCCGCCAUAACCCCUUCUCUCAAACAAAUUUGCCGGCAAGGCAACUUCAAAGAAUCAGUUUUUUCCCUCUCUAAUUUAAUUGAGAUUUGUGCAUCUGAAAAGGCUUUACUACAAGGCCAACAAAUCCAUGCCCAUGUUCUCAAAUUGGGUUUAUCAUGUGAUGAUUCAGUUUUCUUGAACACCAAGAUUGUUUUAAUGUAUGGUAAGUGUGGGUCAAUUGGUGAUGCCCAGAAGGUGUUUGAUAGAAUGAUUGAAAGAACCAUUUUCACUUGGAAUGUUAUGAUUGGUGCUUGUGUUGUAAAUGGGGCACCUGUGAGAGCAAUUGAGUUGUACAGGGACAUGCGUUUCUUGGGUGUUACGUUAGAUGCUCACACUCUUUCUAGUACAUUGAAGGCAACUAGUCAGCUUGAAUUUUUGUACUGCGGAAGUGAAAUACAUGGCGUCGCAAUAAAACUUGGUCUUAUUUCUAAUGUUUUUGUGGUGAACUCACUUAUGACUAUGUACACCAAGUGCAAUGAUAUCAGGGCAGCAACAUUGUUGUUUAAUGGAAUGAGUGAAAAAGAGGACAGUGUUUCAUGGAAUUCUAUGAUUUCUGCUUAUACUAUAAAUGGGAUGAAUCAGGUAGCUUUAAGUCUCUUCAUGGAAAUGCUGAAUGCCAGUGUUGAACCUACCACGUAUACUUUUGUUGCUGCUAUUCAAGCAUGUGAGGAGACAAAAUUUGGAAAAGUUGGGAUUGAGAUUCAUGCUGUUGUUCUGAAAUUGGGUUAUUCUCUUGAUACAUACGUUGUGAAUGCUUUGUUAAUGAUGUACGUUAAAAACAGUAAAUUAGAUGCAGCUGCUAAAAUAUUCUUCCAUAUGCAAGAAAAGGACAACAUUUCUUGGAAUUCCAUGAUAUCAGGAUAUGUACAAAAUGGGCUUUAUGAUGAAGCGAUUAAUUUGUUUCAUGAGAUGAAGAAUGUAUGUCAGAAACCUGACCACGUCUCACUUAUGAGUAUGCUUGUCGCAUCUGGAAGACAGGGAAAUUUGUUAAAUGGGAUGGAAAUUCAUGCCUUUUCACUGCGCAAUGGUUUGGAUAGUGAUUUGCAGGUUGGCAAUACUCUUGUAGAUAUGUAUGCCAAGUGUGGUAAAUUAGAUUACAUGGACGCCGUCUUUGGUAGGAUGCUGCAUAGAGAUAAUGUCUCUUGGACAACAAUUAUUGCUGCUUAUGCUCAAAAUAAUUUUCCCCCGAAGGCCGUGCAAUUAUUUCGCGAGGUACAGGUAGAAGGAAGCAAUGUUGAUGCCCUUAUGAUUGGAAGUGUCCUCCUUGCUUGUACUGAGUUGAGGUGCAACUUACUUGCAAAAGAAAUUCACUGCUACGUGAUUAAAAGAGGAAUAUAUGAUCCCUUUAUACAGAAAACUCUCGUGAGUGUUUAUGGAGAUUGUGGGAACGUGGACUAUGCAAAUAGCAUUUUUAGGUUGAGUGAAGUUAAAGAUGUCGUGUCCUUUACAAGCAUGAUGUGCAGUUAUGUUCAAAAUGGACUUGCAAAUGAGGCUCUUGGUCUCAUGCUCUGUAUGAAUGAAAUGGGAAUUGAGGCAGAUUCCGUUGCAGUCCUAAGCAUGCUCACUGCUGCUGCUGAUUUAUCUUCCUUACGGAAAGGAAAAGAGAUUCAUGGAUUUUUGGUUAGAAAAGGCUUCCUCCUGCAAGAUUCCAUUAGAAGCUCUCUAAUAGAUAUGUAUGCCAGCUGUGGGACUCUGGAGAACUCAUAUAAGGUGUUUAAUUAUUUAAAGAGCAAAGAUAUGGUUUGUUGGACGAGCAUGAUAAAUGCUUGUGGAUUACAUGGAUGUGGUAGGAAAGCAAUUGAUAUAUUCACGAGGAUGGAGAAGGAAAAUAUUCUCCCAGAUCACAUAACCUUCUUGGCUGUUCUCAGUGCAUGUAGCCAUGCCGCACUAAUAGAAGAUGGCAAAAGAAUUUUCAAAAUAAUGCAAAGCAAGUACGCAUUGGAACCUUGGCCAGAACACUAUGCUUGUUUAGUCGAUUUGCUUGGACGUGCAAAUCAGUUGGAUGAGGCAUUCCAAAUUGUAAAAACAAUGAACUUGGAGGAUAUACCUACCGUUUGGUGUGCUCUCCUUGGUGCUUGUCAGGUAUACUCCAAUAAAGAGUUAGGAGAAAUUGCUGCAAAGAAGCUUCUUGAAUUAGAGCCCAAGAAUCCAGGAAAUUAUGUUCUUGUAUCUAAUGUGUAUGCUGCGACUAAUAGAUGGGAUGAUGUGGAAGAAGUCAGAGUAACAAUGAAAGGGAAAGGGCUGAAGAAAGAUCCUGCAUGUAGCUGGAUAGAGGUAGGAAAUAAGGUUCAUACAUUUGUUGCUCAAGACAAGUCGCACCCAGAGUGUGAUAAGAUUUAUGAAAAACUAGCUCAUCUCACUGAGAAAUUGGAGAAGGAAGCAGGUUAUGUGGCUCAAACCAAAUAUGUUUUGCACAAGGUGGACGAGAAAGAAAAAGUCAAGUUGCUUAGAGGACAUAGUGAAAGACUAGCUAUUGCAUAUGGUUUACUUGCUAGCACUGAUAGAAACCCCAUUCGAAUCACAAAAAAUCUUCGUGUCUGUAGUGAUUGCCAUACUUUCAGCAAGCUAGCUUCAAAGUACCUAGAGCGAGAAAUUAUAGUUAGAGAUGCCAAACGAUUUCACCAUUUCAUGGACGGGAUAUGUUCCUGUGGAGAUUUCUGGUGAAACUAGUAAUUGGUUAUUCUAUUAAGAUCUUUCUGAUGAUAACUAACUCUACUGCUUGGUAACACCCACUUAUAAGACAUGCUCAGCAUAUUUUUCAAUAAGAGAUAUGGAGCUAGCUGAAAUGUCCUCUUGCAGUGAGCCAAUGACAAUAUUAGUCCCGUGGCCUUGACCUGAUGAUGUUCAGAGAAUUUGGAGGUGGUUUGAGUCUUUGGCAACUUCUGAGGAGGUCAUGAGCUCUACAACAAUCAAGACUCCUUUUCUAAAUAAAGGUGUGGUGUUCAUAUGGAUAUUCCAUGUCAGUCUGUUGGAAGACAACGUAUGAUUGCUGAGAAUUCAGAGAUUGGCGAAAUUUGCCAUGGAGAUUUAGAUCUAUUGUCCUGCUUGUGCUCCCAGUUUGAACUUGCUUCAGAUCACUUACAGCAACACAUCCUCUUUAUUGCUGCUCUCGGCACUUUUUAGCAUCCAAAUCAGAGUCAGGUUGAAAAGGUCAGCGUUUUUGUUAAAGUGCAAUGUCAGCAACCAAUCAUGUAGCUGGAUUUGGUUCCUUCCUUGGCAUAAGGAAGAGGGUCGGGGCAGUCCUUCGUCUACAUUGUAAGUUUUAGUGACCAGUUGAAGUUGGUGAAGCUGUUUAGUGCUCAUACAUACACUAUUUCAGAGAGAUAAAGAACUUAUUGGAGAAAGACAUUUUUUUUUUGUUUUUCACCCGGUGUCCAGUGCCCAUAUUGGAGCUUCUACUAAAUUUAGAACGCUCACUUCAGGGCUCAUUUUUUUGGAGAAUACUUUUGAUGUUGCGGGAAACCAGUUUGGAGUGUUAUGAAUGUAAGGGCCUGUGAUAUAAUUCUAGUGGGGAAGUGUUUAGUCUCAUCUCUGCACUUCCUCUCUUCUUGCAUUUUCUUUUUAUGAUGCAUUUGCAUGUGUUCCUGCAUUUGUAAGCUGAAAAAAUAGGAGAUUUUGUAUAUGCAGCCGCCAGAGAGGGAUCUCAUAGUGGAAUUUGUAAACAGAAAGUUAUGGAUCCUCAUACAUGAAUUAUUAUUAAUAUUAUAUAUAUA